AUGGUGAGGGUGUCGGUGGUGUGCUGCCUCAAGCUGCUGCUGCUGCUCGCCCUCGGCGGGCACGCCGGCGCCGACGCGCCUGCCUACGUGGACGCCCCCGGAGGCGCGCUCUGGAUCAACGUGCUGCAUGAGACGCUCAAGCACGGGCUGGCGCCCAAGUCGUGGACCGACUACCUCCAUUUGACGGUGGGCGGCACCUUGUCGAAUGCCGGGGUCAGCGGCCAGGCGUUCCGGCAAGGACCGCAGGUCAGCAAUGUCAACCAGCUGGAGAUUGUGACAGGGAGAGGGGAUGUGGUCACCUGCUCGCCGGACGAGAACUCCGACCUCUUCUACGGCGCUCUCGGCGGCCUGGGCCAGUUCGGCAUCAUCACCAGAGCCAGGAUCGCCCUCCAACCUGCACCAAAGAUGGUGAGGUGGAUCCGGGUGCUCUACUCGGACUUCGCGAGCUUCACCGAGGACCAGGAGGCGCUGAUCUCGGCGGACGAGACCUUCGACUACAUCGAGGGGUUCGUGAUCAUCAACCGGACGGGCAUCCUCAACAACUGGAGGACGUCGUUCAAGCCGCAGGACCCGGUGCAGGCCAGCCACUUCCAGUCGGACGGGAAGGUGCUCUACUGCCUUGAGAUGACCAAGAACUUCGACCCUGAAGAGGCUGACAUCAUGGAACAGGAGGUUGGUGUGCUGCUGUCUCGGCUGAGAUACAUACAGUCAACCCUCUUCCACACCCAUGUCACGUACCUCGAGUUCCUGGACAGGGUGCACUCCUCCGAGCUCAAGCUCAGGGCCCAGGGCCUCUGGGAGGUUCCACACCCAUGGCUCAACCUCCUCAUCCCGAGAAGCACCAUCCACCGGUUCGCGACGGAGGUCUUCGGCAACAUCCUCAAAGACAGCAACAAUGGCCCCAUCCUCCUCUACCCAGUGAACAGAUCAAAGUGGGACAACAGGACGUCAGUGGUGAUACCGGAGGAAGAAAUCUUCUACCUGGUGGGGUUCCUGUCGUCGGCACCGUCGGCGUCAGGCCACGGCAGCGUCGACCACGCGGUGAGCCUCAACGACAAGAUCCUAGACUUCUGCGACAAGGCCGGCGUCGGGAUGAAGCAGUACCUAGCGCCCUACACCACGCAGCAGCAGUGGAAAGCCCACUUCGGGGCGAGGUGGGAGACAUUUGAGCGGAGGAAACACAUGUAUGAUCCCCUAGCAAUCCUAGCCCCAGGACAGAGAAUAUUUGCAAAGGCGUCGCUGCCCAUGUCCUCUUGA